GGGAGGAAGGAGAAAGAUGCUUGACACCAACUCAGAAAGCUUAAGCUGCAAAUUACAAUGACUUUGGGCUAGAAAGCUAGUUGGUGGUGGUACAGGUUUUAUUUCUCCAGCCACACUGUUUGAGGGCUUAGCAUCUCUAAGGCCAUAGCUGUGAUGUAUGCAUGGUUUGAAGUGGCUUUCUCGGCUUGCAUGCUCUUCAUCAAGGGGAGAGUAAGAAUUGGAGGAGCACGAGUCCGGUGCUCCGCCAGGUAAUGUAAACCCCCCAAGUGUUCUGGCGGAAUUGGAGGGAGGGAAGACACGAGGCCCGAGAUCGAGACGGCGCCGACGAGAUCCAUGGUGGCCACCACCCCGGCCAACACCGCCGCCGCCGCCCGGAACCGCCCUCCAAGCCCCAAGAACCCUCCUCCUCAGUACCGCAACGAUGCCGAGAACCCCCACCGCCUGCCGCUGGUCCGCUCCGAGAAGUACAAUGCCGCCCCCAGGCGGCCUCCCUCCAAGGAGAUCUCAUCGCGCUACCACCCCUCGAACGCCUCCUCUCCCUCUCCCUCUCCCUCUUCGUCCACGGCCACUUCGUACUCCACGCCCACUACCUUCUCUUCUUCCAGCUCUUCCUCGAGUUCGCGGCGCCUCCCUUCCCCUCCCGUGCGGCCGCGGCCCUCGACGCCGCCGGCCUUGCCCCAGUCCGUCGCCCAGAGGCGAUCUCAUUCCGUCGAUCGCGCACGGCCUUUGACGCCGCGACGUGAUCCCCGGCCCGCUCCGGUUGAACCCUCCUCUGCCGCUCGAGCCCUAAGCACGACCACCCGAAGCCUUUCGGUCUCAUUCCAGGGGGAAUCCUUCUUCUACCAGACCAGCCGCGCCAAGACCGCCUCCCCUAGUCCAGCACGCAGGCCCAGCCCGGAACGCCGACGUGCCAGUGGCGUUUCCGCAACACCAGCGAGGACAGGAGAUCACUCGGAGAACACUGUGCCCUUGGACAACCACCGCCUGUGGCCUGCCGCAAGUACUCGAGCGCCAAAUCCGUUGACGAGGAGCUUGGAUUGCUCGUUGGAGCACAAAGACCCAAUCUUGCUCACCGUCCGGUUGCUGCAGCAGUCGAUGGUGUUCAAUGAUGCCCCGGGGAAGGCUUCAUACGAUGGGGGCGAUCUCUCUGCUUCCUCUGACACUGAUAGCGUGUCAUCAGGGGGCAAUUCGGGGACGCCGGAGCUCGGCAUGCCACCAAGGGCGAAGGUCACUCCUCAGGGAAUCAGUGUGCCUGCGAGGUUUUGGCAGGAGACAAAUAGCCGCCUUCACCAGCCGCCGGAUUCGGGCUCGCUGCAGUCUUCAGGUACGAGGCACAUGGUCCAUCCGAAGCUUGGUUCGGUGAAGAAAUUGUCAGUGGAAAGGUCGUUAUCGUCGUCUCCAAGGUCGAUUUCUUCGCCACUCCAUGGACCCAUGAGACCUUCUUCUCCUGGUAAGCUCAUGACUUCCCCAUCAAGGGGAAUGACUAGUCCUUUGAGGGCAAGGAUUGGCACAACUGUGACUGUCUCUCCAAUCAGUCAGCCAGCUAAUGCACCUUCAAUCCUAAGCUUUGCUGCUGAAGUGAGGAGAGCAAAGAAAGGAGAGAACAGGAUUGAAGAGGCACACAUGUUGAGGCUAUUUGAUAAUCGACACUUGCAAUGGCGAUUUGCUAAUGCGAGGGCCACUGCAGCAUUCCUGUUGCAGAAGGUGACUGCAGAGAAAACUAUGUAUGAUGCAUGGGUUACUACCUCAAAAUUGCGUGAUUCUGUUGCUUUUAAGAGGAUCAAGCUACAACUUCUGACACAAAAUUUAAAGCUAAAUUCUGUUCUUGAGGGGCAAAUGACCUAUCUGGAAGAAUGGUCUCUCAUGGAUAGGGACCAUUCAAAUGCAUUAUCUGGAGCUAUUGAAGCACUAAAGGCUACAACACUCCGUCUUCCUGUUGUUGGUGGAGCCAAGGCAGACAUCCAGAAAGUGAAACAUGCUGUUGGUUCGGCUGUGGAAGUGAUGCAAACAAUGGGAUCCUCAGUAUGCUCUCAGUUGUCGAAGGUACAAGAAAUGAGUUCCAUGAUAUCUGAAAUUGCUAAAGUGGCUGCUGAAGAAUGCCUAUUACUUGAUCAAUCCAGAGACCUCUUGUCCACAGUCGCAGCUAUGCAUGUCAAACAAUGUAGCCUACAAAGUCAUACAAUACAAGUAAAACGAAAAGUCAGCCAAAUGCAACUGUAGAGCAGAUUUUCUUACAAUCUUCUUUGAUCACUAACAUCAAAGUAACCUCCUCAGUUUCUAACUGGAGAUUAUGCGAAGGUAACAAUAAUGACAUUUGGGUUUUGUUGGGUGCAAAGCAAAUGCAGGCAUUCAUCUUUCUAGGGCAGUUGAUUCAUGUAGUCUUUUGUAUGCAUAUCACCACAGUGUUGCUAUUUUUCCUUGCAGGAAUUACCUUGCUGUGUAUACAGAUUAUGUCUUCAUAUGCUAAUCAAAGUGAAGCUUAUGUAUAUAUGUGUUUUGGCGCCUUCUUUUUUCUUUUUCUUUUCACAAAGUAAAAGAAUCACUUGUUUCUUCAUUUAAGACAUUAGAAGGAUGUUUACCUGUCAGAGCUGUUUACUAACUGUGAAAAGGAGCAAUAAUUUUUUGGUAUUAGAAGUUUACCUAUGAAAACUGUUUUCAGCUUAAGCAAAAUGAUGCUGGAAUUCUAGGCCCUCUGUAGUCAAGAAUAUUUCUUGAUGCAAUGACCUUGGCUAAUUUGUUCUCAUAUUUCAUCAAAGCAAAAUUUCCUUUGCUUUUUCUUCAGUUUAUUUCUUAUUUAUGUACAAUCAUUGGCAACAAAUGUCAUAUAUAUGUUCUCUCGAGGAUGAAGUUGGCGAACGACAUUACUACUUCACGAUCACGAUCUGGCCACCACCGAGGUUAACAGGUACAGCUUGUAUGUCCUGAUAUUUGUUCUGAUGUUGAAUGUAACAUGGAAUUCUUUUGAGGCCAUAUGUCUCUACCAGGCCUAUCUUUAGGAAUCUAUGCACUUUCAACAUCUUGCUGCUUUCCCAAGACUGAGAUUCUUGGACGGAUUGUGAUUCAGUUGUUCCAUUUCUCCUUUUUUCUGUUGACAUGUUAGAAUACUUUGGGAGGGUUCUUGCAAAUACUAAUUCAGUUGCCUAUGUGUUCUUUUUUUGUAUAAUCAACUAACAGUGCAGGAAUAUUUUGUGCAUCAUCAUAGAUGAUGAAAUAGUUGUUAGUCUUUAAACAAUCUGAUCUUUAUGUUACCUACUACCUGAUGCUUCUUUGGUGGCAAAAUGUACCAAGAUUUCAAGUGUUAUGAUUGAGUUACAAUAAGCAGCUGUGGGUACAUUGCAUCAGCAGAUAUCUAAGACCAUCUCUCUUGUUAUUGUUGUCCAUAGAACUUUUACUUUGUUGCAGAAAUCACAUGCGACCAAAUCUGAGCAAUUCUUCAUGACAUGUUAUAUUGUGUCUCUCUUAAUUAAUGAUGUGGCAUGCAUGACUUUCUAAUGCUGGUAGUGAGUGCAAUAGCAUACAUAAUGUCAUAAAAUGUGUCUGGUCAUUAACAACAAGGUAUAUUCAACAGGAUAAACCAUAGUCAUCAGUGGUGCAGUCAAAAUCAUGUAUGCUUUCAGGUACAGAUCUUGUAACUGUGAUAUGAUUUCGGAUUUGCAUUACAAUUUGAGGUCUCUGAACAGGUAAUCAACUUGUUAGUCCAACAUCUUCAUAGAACAUUCAACUGAUAUUUUUUAAUGUGAAUGUUUAAUGGUUGUAUUUGUGUUGUUCUGAAAAAGACUGGAAUGAAUUAUUGAUAUUUUUGAAGACCAAAGAAAAAUAGCUAAUAAAAGUGUAAUUAUUAGGUUUGGUAUGCAUUUCAUAGACUGAUAGAUUUAUAGGUUUUGGACUGAAAUCUUUCUAUUGUUUUCUUAGUUUUAUUUGAAGUGGUAACUAAAACGACCUUUUUUUAUUAUCAUUAAUUUGGUAGCCGCCAAAAGAAUGCCACA